AAAUUUACACACAGUUCAAAGAUUCUGGCUAUGGGAUUGUGGCGUAUACUUUGAAUAUACAUUCACAAUAAUUGUAUUAUUUUAAGAUGGGCUACUCACAAGCUUGAGUGGCUGAGUUGUCAUUUUCUUUUCGAUGAACUUAAUUUGGAUGAAGUGGUAGCUCUGUGAACUUAAAUACGGGCAUGGCCGGAUGGUGUUUCUCCUUCACUUUCCAAAGCUGAGGUCUCUGAGGUACGGUUACCUGUGGCCCUAAAAAGACAAGAGUUGUAUUUGAAAUGGGUAAAGACCAAAGAGCACUUGGUCUCCAGGAAACUUCCGGGGUCUUUCCAACUCAGAAUCCCUAAUUAGAUCUCAUCGGUCCACGCUUGUGAUUUGCUGUUCCCUCUGUUUCAAACUAACAGUCCAGAAUUAAUUAAUUUACCAAGAAAAGGUUGCACAUUUUCAUCUUUGUACCAAACCGAGUGCAUCCUCUUGCUGGCAAUGCUGUCAUUUUCUCUAGAAUCCAAGAACAGUACUUCCAAUCCCGAAAUCCCAGUAUGCUCGAUCUCACGUAUCAUUAAGAUCUCUACAGUGCUCGUAACUCUCCGCAUUCUAAAUAAUCAGAUAUCGGAGUUUAGGUCCUGAGAAAUUAUAGGUUUGAAAUUGAGUUGAGUUGAGUAUAUAACUAUGGAUAAUGCUAUUCGGCCCGAAGUGGUGUAUAUAACUAUAGGUUUGAAAUUGGAUUGGGUAUUUCUCCUGUGCUUGCUAGCUGGAUGCAGCAUCUGCUGGUUCAACACAGUCUGCUUCAUCCUCUGCAAUCGAAAUUUUCCGUCCAAUCGGCCACUGGCAAUCUCCCUUACGGUGAGCUUCAAUGGCGUCAGCGCCGCCCUCUACGCCCUGGCCGCCAACGCGAUCGACCCAUCUUCCCAACCCCUCUACCUCCUUCUCAACGCCGUCGUCCCCCUCAUCACCUCCUUCGCCGCCUUGGUCCCCAUUAUCCGGCAACCGCCGGUGGAGCCCCUCCCCCUGCCCGCCAUCCGCCGGGACUCCGUCAUCUUCCUCAUCCUCAACCUCAUCGCCAUCGCCACCGGCGUCUACCUCGUCCUCCUCAGCUCCUCUGACAAGGCCUGUGCCCGCCUCCUCUUCGCCGGCGCUGUCUUCCUCCUCGUCCUCCCCUUGGGCAUCCCCGGGGUUCUCUACGCCCGGGAGUGGUUCUUUCUCCAGACCCACUCCAGCUUCCGGCUCGAAGGCUCCGGCUUCCUUCUCGUCGACGUCGAAGACCUUGAGCUCCACAAGGCGCUCAUCAGCAGGCAGAGUAGUUUGGCCGACGAAGUGAAUCGACUCAUAGAUUCUGACAACUCCAUAACCAGGCAGGAUACUGGGUCUAAUUACAGUGGCUGCUGCGAGACUAUAAUGGCGAAAGAUAGAUUGGUGAUGCUCGGAGAAGAGCAUAGUGCUGAGAAGCUGGUUCGAAGGGUGGAUUUUUGGCUCUAUUAUGUUGCGUAUUUCUGUGGAGGCACAAUCGGAUUGGUUUACAGCAACAAUCUGGGGCAGAUUGCUCAAUCGCUUGGACAAGGCUCGAAGACUUCGACUCUAAUCACAUUGUAUUCGUCCUUCUCCUUCUUCGGCCGGCUGCUAUCCGCCGGCCCGGACUUCCUGCGCGUGAAGGUUUAUUUUGCGAGAACGGGGUGGUUGACCAUUGCGUUGCUGCCGACAACAAUCGCUUUCUUCUUGCUGGCUGCGUUCGGCAGUGCGGCAGUGCUGCAUCUAGGCACGGCAUUGGUGGGCCUGAGCUCCGGUUUCAUAUUUGCGGCGGCCGUUUCGGUGACGUCGGAGCUGUUCGGCCCCAACAGCGUCGGCGUCAACCACAACAUCCUCAUCACCAACAUCCCGAUGGGAUCGCUGCUCUACGGCCUGCUCGCCGCCAUUGUUUACGAUGCCAACAUCUCAGGCGUCAGAAACUGGGCGUCGACCGAAACGGUGUGCAUCGGGGAAAGAUGCUAUUUCUUGACGUUUCUGUGCUGGGGAUGCAUCUCUGUGGUGGGCCUGGCCGCGAGCACGUUGCUGUUCUUGAGAACUCGGCCGGUGUAUGACCGGUUUGAGAAGGAUCGGAGAUCAACGCUAUCUUCGUUUAAUUAGAGCCCUACAAAUGAGUGCUCGAAUACGUGAAUCAUAUUGUACAGCUUAUUUAAUGGAGCUUCCAGUUUUAUAGUUUUUUA